UCCCCACCCAGCACCACACCGAAUCCCUGGGAGAGCAGCCUAUAGAGCUGGCAUAGAGGCCAGUGAAGACAGUGAUGCUGGGGGCAGGAUGGAGCUGUACUGUCAGUUAGAGAGAGGAGGGGACUGCUGCCCUGCUAUAUAAAGACAUGAAGCCCAUCUCCUAGAUGUCACAGUGCCGCCUCUUCCCCAUUGAGAUUCCCAUACUGUCCCACACUGUGCCCUCCUCAUCUCUUCCAAUCACUCUGGUCUGUGGGUCCCAGAGAAUUUCCCUGGUGGUCGCCCAUCUUUAUGUCUCUCCCUCUGGACUGAGGGCUCCCACACUCCACCUGGCCUCCCAUACAAUCACGCUGAUCUGAAGGCACCUACCGGCCUGCAGCUUUUCAUUCGUUGACGCUUUUCUUGGGACCCGGCUCAAGAUGCCAGAGCCCACAAAAAAAGAUGAGACACCCAAUGGUGAAAAAGAGAGUGUUGCCACAGACAGUAGUGAGGCGCCAAUGCCCACACCUGAGAUAUCCCUCGAGGUCUCACCUCCACCCCCAGAACAACCGGUAGAGACUGAGGGGAAGGAUCCACAGCCCAUAGAGGUGAUUAAGCCUGUACAGCCAGAACCAGUAGAGAAUGGGUCUAAAGAACCAGAACCAGAGGCGGUUGUGGUCGGGGCUAAAGAGCAAGUCGAGUCUGUGAACUCCGAAGUAAAGGAGGAGGCCCCGUCCCCUUGCUCACCCCCACUGCCUGCAACCGUGAAGGAGGAAGCAGAGCCAGUUGUUACGGAGGUUAACCAACCGCCAAAGCCUGUUGUUACAGUGGUUACCCCACCACCACCCCCACCUCCAGAACCAGUUGUUACGGAUGUUACCCAACCGCCAGAGCCUGUUGUUACAGUGGUUACCCCACCACCACCACCACCACAUCCAGAACCAGUUGUUACGGAGGUUACCCAACUGCCAGAGCCUGUUGUUACAGUGAUUACCCCACCACCACCACCAGUUGUUACAUUGGUUACCCCACCACCACCCCCACCUCCAGAACCAGUUGUUACGGUGCAGGUUACCCCACCCCCACCUCCAGCAGAUAAAGAUGAUGACGCUACAACCAACACCCCAUCACCACCGCCCCCACCAGAGGAUGCCAAUACAGCCAAGAAACUGUCUAUUGAGCUGCCUAAUGAUAGCGUCCAUGUGUCAGCCAUGGGGAGAAAAGACUCAGUGUGGUCUCUGGGAGAGGGACAGGCUCCAGAGGACCUUGACAAGCCCGUAGACACCCCACCGCUGUCCAGCCUGCUCAUAGAAAGACCCCAGGGCGGAUCCAUCACUGUGGGUGGAGACAUCUCCUUUGUUGCCAAGGUGGAGGCCCAAGACCUGCUCCGUAAACCCACCAUCAAGUGGUUCAAAGGGAAAUGGAUGGACCUGGCCAGCAAGACCGGAAAGCACUUGCAACUGAAAGAAACCUUUGACCGACGCACCAAGAUUCACACAUUUGAGAUGCAUAUCAUCAAGGCCAAAGACAACUAUGCUGGAAACUACAGGUGUGAGGUCACCUACAAGGACAAAUUUGACAGCUGCUCUUUUGACCUGGAAGUGAAAGAACUGGAACAGUCACAGAGUGUUGAUAUUCGAUCAGCCUUCAAAAGAAGCAGUGAAGGACACGAGGAUGCAGGGGAUCUUGACUUUAGUGGUCUUCUUAAACAUAGAAACCAAAGGGAGCCCAAGCAGGAUGAGACCCCCGAAGUGGACGUGUGGGAGAUCCUGAAGUCGGCCAGGCCAGACCAGUACGAGAAGAUCGCCUUUGAGUAUGGCAUAACAGACCUGCGGGGUCUGCUCAAGAGGUUGAAGAAGACCAAGAAAGAGGAGAAGAAGAGUGAAGCGUUUGCCAAGAAGUUGGAUCCAGCAUACCAGGCUGACAAAGGAGGGAAGAUCCGCUUAGUGGUGGAUCUUGCAGACCCCACAGUAGAGCUGAAAUGGUACAAGAACGGCCAGGAGAUCCGUCCAACUCCAAAUCAAAGGAAGUUUAUCUUUGAGCAAAAGGGCACACAGCGGAUCCUGGUCAUCAACAACUGCGGCCUGAAUGAUGAUGCUGCUUAUUCCGUAGCUGCGGGAGAAGAGAAGUGCACCACAGAGCUGUUUGUCAAAGAGUUACCAGUGAAGAUUACUAAAGAGAUUGAGGCGGUGAAAACGACAGUGAACGAGAGGAUUGAGUUGGAGUGUGAAGUGUCUGAAGAAGGAGCUCAAGUUAAAUGGUGUAAGAAUGGCGUGGAGGUACCGACCGGGCCCCGGUCACGCUACCGUGUCAAGUCUGACGGGCUGAAACACUGGCUAAUCAUUGACGAUGCCUCAAAGGAGGACACUGGAACAUUCUCCCUAAUGGCCUCUGGGGGCACCUCUGAAGCCAAAGUCCAGGUUGAAUUGAAGCCACUGAAGAUUAUUCAGGAUUUGCAGGACAUGACAGUGCUUUUGGGCCAGCCACUGAAGAUGCACUGUGAGAUUUUCCCUGGGAAUGUUCCAGGUCGCUGGUACAGGAACGGACAGUUGAUCCAGUCCAACGACCGCAUCAACAUCCUGCAAAGAGCCAAGAACCACCGAUUAGAAAUUGUGAACAGCACCCUGCACGAUGCCGGGGAUUAUACCUUUGUGCCAGAGGGAUACUCUCAGAGCCUCUGUGCCAAAAUUCAUAUCGUUGAUCCUCCCAGGGUGCACCUGGAGAGCUUGAACUUCCCUGACAACACAGUGACCAUUGUGGCAGGAAAUAAACUCCGUGUGGAGAUCCCCAUCAGUGGAGAACCAGCACCCAGAGUGGUGUGGAUGAAGGGAGAGAGGGUAAUCCUUGACUCUGGCCACCGUGUGCGAGCUGAAACCUUUCCAGAUCACACCAGUCUUACCAUCGACAUCGCAGAAAAGGAAGACACAGGAAACUACAAGAUAGUCCUGCAGAAUGAGGCUGGGGAAGCAGGGGCUAGUGUCAAAGUCAAGGUGGUGGAUAUCCCAGACCCUCCUGAAGUUCCCCUAGUCACGGAGGUGGGAGGAGACUGGUGCUCUAUGACAUGGGAACCCCCGAUCUAUGACGGAGGCUCACCCAUCUUAGGCUACUUCAUCGAAAGGAAGAAGAAGCAGAGUUCCAGAUGGAUGAGGCUGAACUUUGACCUGAACAAAGAGACCACAUUUGAGCCUAAAAAGAUGAUUGAGGGUGUCCCAUACGAGGUGCGCGUCUUUGCUGUGAAUGCCAUCGGUGUGUCCAAACCCAGCGAGCCAUCCAAAGCCUUUGUGCCCCUGGCUGUGACCAGCGAGCCCACCAUGCUGGUGGUGGAUGAUGUCACAGACACCACGGUGACCAUGAAGUGGCGUCCCCCAGACACCAUUGGAGCUGCAGGCUUAGACGGCUACCUGGUGGAGUAUUGCAUCGAAGGAACUGAUGACUGGAGAGUAACCAAUAAGGAGCUGACAGAGAAGACUAAGUACACCAUCACUGGCCUCCCUCCAGAGGCUAAGAUCCUGGUAAGGGUAAGGGCCAUCAAUGCUGCCGGCGCCAGCACUCCCAGAACACUUCAGCACUCUAUCCUGGUCAAAGAGGUCAACGAACCACCUAAGAUCCGCAUCCCCCGUCACUUGAAGCAGACGUACACUCGUAAAGUCGGAGAAGCCGUCAAUCUCGUUAUUCCAUUCAUGGGAAAGCCCAGGCCAAAGGUGAGCUGGCUGAAGGAGGGUCAGACAGUGGACCCCACGCAGGUCACUAUCCGCAACACAGACUGUGACAGUAUCAUCUUCAUCCGCAAAGCAGAGAGGAAGCACUCUGGGAAGUACGAUAUGAAGGUGGAGGUGGAGAACCACGUGGACACGGCCAUCGUAGACAUCCAGAUAGUAGACCUCCCAGGGCCUCCACAGUGUGUGAAGAUAGAUGAGGUCUGGGGGGGAAACGUGGCUCUGGACUGGACCCCUCCAAAGGACAAUGGCAACGCCGCCAUUACAGGCUACACCAUCCAGAAAGCAGACAAGAAGACCAUGGAGUGGUACACGUGUAUUGAGCACUACCACCGCACCUGCAUCACCAUCACCGAGCUGGUGGUGGGGAACGAGUACUACUUCAGAAUCUACUCUGAGAACAUGGUGGGUCUGAGCGAGGGUGCCACCCAGACCAAGGACAGCGCCCUCAUUGUUAAAGAAGGCAUGCAACUGAAGAACCCAGAGUACAUCGACCACGACUUCAAAGAGCCUCCCAAGUUCACCCAGCCCCUCAUCAACACCUUUGCCAUCGCUGGUUACAAUGCCACCCUCAACUGCAGCGUCCGUGCCAACCCACGGCCCAAAGUGAUUUGGAUGAAGAAUAAGAUAGCCAUCAUUGACGACCCACGCUACCGCAUGUUUAGCAACCAAGGGGUCUGCACCCUGGAGAUCCGGAAACCCAGUCCCUACGAUGGGGGCAUGUACUCCUGCAAGGCCAUUAAUGACCUGGGUGAUGCACUAGUGGAGUGUAAGCUGGAGGUUAAAGUCCCCACUCAGGAUUAAUGAAUGUAUGUUCUCAUCCAAGGGGGCUUUACCUUCUCUGAGCUCAUGCAGCGUGGAGUGCCUUUACACCUGAUCGAUAAGUACAUGAGCGAGACCAAGGCCGUGGAGCAGCCAGAGAAGUAGUCGGACUGAGCAACCGCUGAUACGCCUAGGCUGCCCGGAACCUGUCGUCACACCACUAGUGAUCUGCCUCUCACCAGCAGUCGAGGGAGGGGCUGGAGGGGGAGGGAGGGUUGUACUGUGUGCGGGUAUGGAGCUAGUUACCAAAGAAGAAGUCAAUUCAUCACCAGCUUUGUGUCAUCUCCUAGUAUUAAAAAGGCUCUGUUUAAGCUCAGUUGCAUGUUGGCAGUGUUUUGGCUGUAGCUUUUUAUUUUAGAUGAGUAGUGCGGGAAUGUAUGGUAGGACGAACUGUAAUUUCCACCUAUGUGAACAUGUUUUGUCUCUGUUGGGAUGGGAACUGUGUUUGGGGGAGGGGGCGAAUGUUGAAAUGUAUAAACAAUAUGGCUUGAUGUCUGUAAUGCAAUGUCUUGUGAUUAAAGAUUUAACUUCCGAAGAUACAAAUAUUAAAACAUUUCUGAUCAGGUGAUUUGCAAUGAGAAUUUACAUUAUUUCAUCAGUCCCUUUAAAAUGCUUCACAUUAAGAUUUUCUGAUUUCAUUUUAUGUUCUUGGAGUAUGAAAAGUAUAGUUGUCUGACUAAUGUUGAGAUUUAUGCUUUCAAACAGACCGUUAUCCAUCUUUUUCUUUAAGCUUUACACUGCAUGACACAUUGUGCUUUCUGUGCUCAUACUGUACUUCAAGCUUGACUGUAUUCUUAGCCGUCAGGCCAUCUGCGCAUGUUUUAAUCUUCAAUUUGUAAUGUAUGACUCUUAGAAUAAAAUAAAAACAUGUAACAUAUCA